AUGGCACAUGUGGCAGUAGAGGUCGACCCGGUCAUCCUGGCGCAAGAAGAGGAGCGCCUGCGCAAGGCGCACCCCACGCCGGACGACGUCCCGUCGUGCACGAAGCUCAUGGACGAUUUUCUCCUCUGUCACGCGCUGGGCUCCCAGGUCCGGUCGCUGUACCGGUACGGGUCGACGUCGAAGUGCUCGAACAAGUGGGAGGACUUCAAGUUCUGCAUGAGCCUCAAGAGCCUGCACCCCGAGGAGAAGCGCGACGUGUGGAUUCGCCGCCGCGCCGAGUGGUGGGCCCUGCGUCGCCAGGUGAAGAGCAGCGAGGACGUGUGGGAAGUGCGGACGGAGCCGCUGGAGAACUUCCCGGCGCGUACCAUAGAUCCUAGCAUCAUCCGUGCAGACAAAGCAAGAUGA